AUGGCCAUCAUCACUACGCCGCGUCUUCAUAGGGACGAGCGCGGGCUCGCUCAGCAAUAUGAGCGACGCUCGCCUCAGGAAGGCACCUCUGCUUCCCCCACUGCAUCUCCCAGUGCGGCUCCCACACAAGGACCUGAGGUGAUACGGCUUUCGACGUCGACGAAAUCCCUGGCCAUCGUCAUCGCCGUUCUGGGCACCAUAGUAUUGGGUAUCGCGGUUUGGAGGCUCGUGGCAUGGAGGCGUAGGAGACGCACUGCCCCCUCCACUCUGCAGAACAACCGGUCGUUUGAAAAGGCCUUCACCCCUUUCCCUCCCUCCAAGGAGGGCAAGGCCGGUGACCUGGAGGCGUAUGUUCAGCAGCCCCAAAAGGCGGUUCUGUUCCCCGCCGUGCCUCGCGCAUCCGCAGGUGUCAAUUGGGUCCCGCAAGUCAAGCCCACGAUUUACGUACCCUACGAGAGCAAGAGCGCGGACGACAGCUCCGACGACGAGUCCGAGGAGAUGACAGAGAAAUCGCUCUCCCAAAUGGUCGUGCUAACCAAGUCCCAGAAUGUGUCGCCGCCCCCAUCAUAUGGCAGCGAGAAGGGUCGAAAGAUACAAUCAUCGUUCACCCGCUCGAUGCCGCCACCGCCCCCUGCGCCUAGGGACAACAAAUCCACAUCUAUACCCCCCACGCCGCCGACACCCCCCGCGUCCUUCAAGCUUAAGGUUGAAUCUUCGCGUAGCUCGAUACCUCCUCCGGAGCCAAGUCCCCGAUCUGCGUCCUUCGGCGCGCAGAUUUGCAAGACCAAGUCACUGUCGAAGACAUUAUCGAGAAGCUCACGCAGCCAUGCCAAGGCUAAUAAGCUCCCGCGCCUCAUGCACGUAGUGACAACGUUCCAGCCCUCGAUGGAAGACGAGCUUUCCGUCCAAGUGGGGGAGACGCUCCGACUUCUGGAGGAAUAUGAGGAUGAAUGGUGUCUAGUGCAGCGCGUAGGGCGCUACGACGCCGAGAAGGGCGUCAUCCCGCGCUUCUGCCUCGUCGAGCGGCCCACCGUGGUCGUACCCUCCACGCAGAAGCAAGCGAUGCGGACGCCGACGUCUUUCGCGUCGUGA